AUGGAGGACACUGAAGAACUGAAGAACAUAUCAAAAAUUCAGACAUCAGAACAGUUUAAGGCAAAAACCAAACUGCAAUCCACGUUCACAGUGAGUAAAGACACGUUAAUAGGACUAACCACAGAUAAUACUAAACCAGGGAUCAGCUGCACAAAACAGAGGGAACCCCUGUCAAAAAAUUCCCCGAAACGACCUCUAAACGACCCUCAAACACUCUUAGAGGAAGUUUACGGGGACCUAAAUGAUUCAUCCAGCUCGGACGAGAGCAUGGAUACUACUAUAAAAAGCAACGAGGCAGGCCCACAAACUGAUAACUCCACAGAAAAUGCCAACUCCACCCUAGAAAACCCAGUCCCUGUAAACACAGGAACAAAACAACAAGCCUCAGACCACGGUCCUGGCAAAAUUACAGAGAAUACACAAAAAAGUAUGGAGAACGCCCAUGAAAGUAUGGAGAAAGUCCCUAAAAGCUCGGAGAAUACCCAAAUACCGGAAAAUUCUGAUUUAAACACUCCCCUCCUUAGCAGAAGUGCCAGUGAGGAUAAAUCCGAUGACUAUGUGGACGCAGAUGAUCACACAAGUACAAAUCAGGAAACCAACACGACAAGGUCCACUGAAGGGGUAAACCACCCCAACCCCCAAGAUCUUCCGACCCAAGGAACAUUCCAAAACAUAUGA